AUGGCUCAAGGCACCAUUAUCGUGACAGGUGCCAAUGGAGCACUUGGUUCGGCCAUCGUGCGUGAGAUUAUAGACUCACCAUCCUAUAGCUCCGUCUACUACGGUCUCUAUACCGUGCGGGAUCUCUCUUCGGCCUCCUCUCUGCGGGCCGGCUUACAGCAGACUUCUGGAGCAGACCAUCAACAUCACUCUGAUGUGAUCCAACUGGACCUCUCCAAGCUAGCUAGUGUACGCGCUGCAGCAGCUAGUAUUAACUCACGCGUUCGUUCAAGGAGCAUUCCACCUAUCCGCGCCCUUAUCCUUAAUGCAGGAUUCCAAGAGAGCAUUACGCAAAUGAUGACGGAAGAUGGCUUUGAUAUGAGUUUCCAGGUGAACUACCUGGGCCACUUUCUCCUCUCGCUUCUGCUACUAGAAAGCAUGGACAAGCAUGAAGGGAGAAUUCUAUGCAUCGGAAGCUGGACGCACGACCCUGAUGAUACGAGGAACUUUCCCGCGCUCUACCCGGAACAAUAUCGGCCAAUUUUACGAGAUGGGGUAGAACCUUUAGCCCACGGUACAUGGAGCACCCCUGCUCAGGAUCCUUCUCCCUUAUCAGGCAUUCGUCGAUACGGCGCAUCAAAGCUCUGCGUCAUCAUAAUGAUAUAUGAGCUCCAGCGUCGUCUAGACUGCGAUCCAGCUCUGUCUAACAUUAACAUCCUAGGGCUUGACCCCGGCGGCAUGCCCUCUGGGAUUAUGAGACGCGCUUCAUUCUUACAAGGGUUUAUAAUUAACAAGGUAGCUGGCACCCUACUAGCACCUAUCAUGACUUGGUUUUGGCCAAAUGGCAUUCUACGGACGCCGGCUAAGUCGGCCCACGACGCUCUUGAGGCUGUAUUUGGUGAUGAAGAAACCCUUGGAAGCCCGCUCAAAGCUCUCUAUUUGGAUGGCAGCGAGGUAUCCAUGACCAGUGAGGAGGCGAGAGACUCUCGGAAUGCCGCCAUGCUGUGGAGAGCAAGCUUGGCAUACGCCGGGUUGGGCCAGAGUGAAACGUGUCUUGCAGACUCGCAGUGA